AUUCAUUCAGAUUCAUCUUUAUGUGUGCGUCCCAUACGAGGCCAAUAAAGCUCUCUACGUCCAUACACGGGAAUCGACAAUAAAAAAACAAGGACAACUAAGUAGAACAUAGCCCUGCAGCAGUAUGACCAGUGUCCAGCAGAUGGCAGCAGUGGGACAGGUCCUGACCAACCCUGGACUCGACCUGAGCCAGCGGUUCAGAGCCUUAUUCACCUUGAAGAACCUGGGAGGUGCUGAAGCUAUCGAGUGGAUCAGUAAAGCCUUCGCGGAUGACUCCGCGCUGCUGAAGCACGAGCUGGCUUACUGCCUGGGACAGAUGCAGGACAGACGGGCCAUCCCCACUUUAACAGCGGUUCUCAAAGACUUGCAGCAGGAGCCGAUGGUCAGGCAUGAAGCAGGGGAGGCUCUGGGUGCAAUCGGUGAUCCGGUGGUUCUGGAUCUCCUGAAAGAGUACCGUCAGGACCCUGUCAUAGAGGUGGCAGAGACGUGUCAGCUGGCUGUCCAGCGGUUGGAGUGGCUGCAGACCAGAGAGAAGCAGACGGACGACCAAAAUACAGACGAGAACCCCUACUGCUCCGUCGACCCAGCCCCUCCAGCGGUGAGGAAGAGCGCGUCAGAGCUUCGCUCAGCCCUGUUGGAUGAGAGCCUGCCACUCUUUGAACGUUACCGGGCAAUGUUCGCCCUACGGAACCUGGGCACCGAGGUGGCUGUGCUGGCACUGGGAGACGGCUUGCAGUGCUCCAGUGCUCUGUUCCGCCAUGAGAUCGGCUAUGUCCUGGGUCAGAUGCAGCAUCCGGCAGCGGUCCCAGCUCUGUGUGCAGCUCUGGAGCGUUCUAGUGAGAACCCUAUGGUCCGACACGAGGCGGCAGAGGCUCUUGGGUCCAUCGGCAAAGAGGAAUGUCUGGUUGUGCUGCAACAAUUCCUUGGAGACGGAGAGCGUAUCGUCAAGGAAAGCUGCGAGGUCGCUCUAGAUAUGCUGGAGUACGAAAACAGUGAGCAGUUCCAGUAUGCAGAUGGACUGGUCAACUCCCAGAGUUAAAGGUCUAUGUUGCACCUGAAGGGUACAUUUACAACUCUCUAUACUGAAAAUAAGGCUGCUGUAAAACUAUUUUAUCCUGUGGGAUGAAAGUUCACAGUACAAAAAAGAUACUUUGCACAUACUAUAAAAGAAUAAAAGCCCAUAAAAUCCAUAGGAGUCGGUGAGCUGCACAGCUGUUGCUGUGCAGGGGGGAGAGGCAGGAGAAGAGUCCUUUGUGUCUUCCCCUUCCUUCAUGUCUUCACUGAAACUACAGCACCUCCACAUUGCUCUCAUACAGCAGCUGUGGGCUGAAGGUUGAAGACCUGUCAAAUUGAUGUGAUGAUUUCAAUGUUUCCUCUGAAUUUUUAUUUUUUGUCAGGGACCUGUAUGUGAUCAUACUGUCCGAUAGAAUGGAAAUGCGACAGAGCUUGAUGGACUUGUUCUAAAUGUAGACAUUGGUUCUGAUCCAGGCUGCAUUACAGUUGAUCAGCUCUAUUAAAUAAGAAUGAGAAGAGGAAAUUCUCAUUCAAAUCAACAGCG